GCUACACCAAAUGAGUUUGGUCAGAGAAACAUGAACAAAAAACUCCUCUGUAUGAACUAAAAGUUGGCACCCAUGGUGAUACACAGACCUCGAAACGCAACUGACAAUUAUGUCACCUCAAAUGGCUCACCAAAAUGAGUGAAAAUACGACAUCGCGAAGAUCAGUCGAAUCAUGUAACUGCAAAGUAUCCGGACAGAUUCUCACAUACGAUCAGUGCGUGAAUUGUUGCCGAAAAAACGACGAUCAUCAGUUCUGCAGAAGAGACGCCGCAUGCGUUUACAGACAAUCUGCCGCAAUAUCGAACAAAACCAACCCACCAAAAUGCCCGUGCAGUUUGGCCAAAACGGAACUGGCCAAUCGGCCGAUAUCCUUGAAAGAAAGAUGCUUAGGUUGUUGCGACGACACCAAGUUCACGUUCAACAGGCUCAUUUCAAUAUGCGAGAUGAACCCCGACUGUAUUAUAAACAUGUACAAGACACGCAGCGAUAAAGGCAGUUUGCUGCCAGAUAUUCAGACCGAGAACACGCCAGAGAAUCUGAUGAUUGAUAAAAAUAUGGAAGCUAGUGACAGCGAUAGGGAAAAGAAUAAUCCACGGUCGAUUUUAAUUGGUAUGAAACCUCCACAAGAUGAAACAGCUUUUAAGAAAAUUCCACUGGACGGGGAAUCAAAAGGGAAUCCACAUCCACCUACAUCAACUCGCUUAUCUCAGUGGAGUAACAGAGGACCAAGCAUAAUUUGGAGUUACUACGAUCCUGAGGGCAGCAUAAAAGAUACAGUAUCUCCAGAACCAGAUUACUAUCCAAAAAGCACUUCUGAGUUAGUUUUAUUUAGUUAUGAUUCAUAUAACUAUCAAGCCCCUGCAAAAGGAAGAAGUUGGUACCGUGAGAUAGACCAUGAAGAAUGGCGCAAAGCACAAAAAGCACCGUCAAUCAUAACAACAGUUACAGAAAACGUGCCGUCAAAUUUAGAAAACGAGCCGUCAAAAGCACAAAUAAUACCCGAUUCAAAUGAACAGAUGCUUCAUCGUGCAGCAGACAGCAGAGAAUCUGACACAAAAAUAGGAGGUAUGGACGAUCCGAUCCCUCUGAACAUUUUCUUCAACCGCGAAAGCGCUCUCACAACUUCGCGUCACACGCACUUCAAGGACAGCGUAGGAUCGCGCAGAGAAAACCUACACCAACCAACGACAAAACGAAAAAGCAUUUCUUUCGCCAAACACGUUGACGCGCCAGUUCCAACGAAUUUUGGCAGCAACGGGGGAAGCGAACUGUCGGUGUUGAACGAGGUUAUUAUGCUGCAGCAUGGUCAGAAGAACUCGAUAGAUUCGUCGACGCCGAGCGUCGUUGCGGAGAGGUGCGGUCGAAUUUUGAGAUUUUUGCCGUGGCACUGGAAGUGUUUUAAACGAAAAAAGACGAAGAAUACCGAGGGACGGUCGCAUUCCAUAAGAAGGUCUCUUGUAGAUAAUGCAUCCACGGGGUUGUCUGUUCAUGAACAUCGUAUGAAAUCAUCAAUCUACUAAUAAAAUAUAAAAUGUC